AUGGUUGCAUGUGGAUAGACAUUACCACCCCCGACCUGAAUGUAUGAUUAGGAACAACGUAGAAACUUUAAUCUAUGAUAACUGAAAACAUGGCUGUGGCUAUGCUGUGGUUUGGUGACUGUGCUAAUUUACAAUCUGCUGAAGAAGUGUGAAUAAUGGAUAAUGGUUUCAGUGCUCCCUCAGUGCCUUUGUUAAUCACAGAGAGCAUAGAGAUGGCUAUGGAAGUAGAAAUGGAGUGCUCCAGAUUUUGCAGUUUCUCCUGUGCAUCUGACACAAGAACUGGAAAGAGAAGUUUUUCUAUUGAUUCCUAUUUAGCAAGUGGGUCUCUUAAGAGGAUUUUGCUGAGGCUUGACCCUUUUCCAACUGACUAUGAAGAAGAUACAGUGGAAUUAUUUGGCUUUCAGUGGGUCACCGAAACUGCUUUAGUAGAGUCUUGUACUCUUCUGUUUGGAUUAUUUAGGCAACAAAUAUAUAAGCUGGAAAACCUCAUUCAGCCAAGCUCAGCUGACUUUGGUCAGGCGGCAAACCUUCACUGGGAGACCCAUAAUAUCAGACAGCAGUGUAUUAAAUUUCUGCAGUAUGUGAAAGUUUUCAUCUUCAGGUACCUGGAACCACUCAAGACAGAAGAUGAUGAGCUGUUGCAUCCAUUUGAGAUGCAAGAAGUUCAGCUCCCCUCCUUGCUUGUUGAAGAGGUUCAUUCUUUAACUUUGUACAUUGGACGCCUAUAUGAACAACCUAGUUCUGUCCUGGGAGGAUUUUCCAUUCAGUCUCAAGCAAAGUUGUUUCCUCCAUCAUGGCAUUUACUGCAUCUCCAUCUAGACAUCCGCUGGUCAGUGUUGGAAAUUCUUCAUAUUCUGGAUCAAAAGCUGUCAAGGCAAACUAUAUAUGCUCAUAAGUUUACCAAUUUAACUGGUGAAAAUUUAACCAACAUCAGUUUGUUUGAACAACACUGUGGGAACCUCUUAUAUGAUCUGAUAAGUUUGUCAAUUAACAGGUAUACAAAGGUGAGGCUCUCUGAAGCUCUAAGUACUCAUCCCUAUCCCUGUGGCUGUGUAAAAGAGUUGUGGGUUCUGCUUAUUCAAAUGCUAGACCACAGAAGUAAGGGAUCACUUACAGAGCCUUUCUGGAGCUGGAUGAAUAAAAUUUUGAAGAAUGUAUUUGAUAAAAGCAGCCAUGUGGAAACAUCAUGUGCCUUUGAAUCAGUUCUGUGCAAGGAUCCAUUGGGUUUUAGUUGGUGGAUUAUAACACAUCUCUCGUCACUGUACCACUUUGAUCACAAUGGAAAUGUAAAAGAAAAGAAACCAAUAGAAUCCAACUGGCCUUUUGUAGAAGAUCUGCUGAAACAGUCCGUCAGUAGUCAAACUGGAAUAUUAGAAGAACAGUUACGAAUGCAUCUUCAGUGCUGUUUGACUUUAAGCCAUAUUUGGGAUGCAAACCUCCCUACUGUCACCAUACUCUGGGAAUAUUACAGCAAGAAUCUGAACAGUCCUUUUACUAUUCCUUGGUUUGGUCUCAAAGGUCUUGCCAAUAUUAGUAAAACACCCAUGUCUAUGUAUGAAUUGGUAAAGAGUUGCUGCAGUGACAAUCAUUCUACUGAUCAAUAUGAAUCUAGCAACAGUUACCAAAUUUUCCUUUGCAUUUUGGCACAAAUAAUGAAGAAGACGGUAAAGACCAAUGGUGUCCAUCCAUGGAAGCAAAUCAAAGGAAGAAUUUAUUCCAAGUUUCACCAGAAAAGAAUGCGGGAGUUGACAGAGUCGGGGCUGCAGAAUUUUUUCCAUCUUUUCCUUGUACUGGCAGCCAUGGCAGAGACAGAGGAUGUUGCCAGCCGCAUGAUGGAACUUUUGCAUUUUCUUAGUCCACUUUCGAUUAGCACUGCUCGGAGAGCUCUGAUCUGGAAAGGGUACUUUGCCUUCAUCUUAACAUAUGUUGAGAAGAGCAUGGACAUUACUGUGCUGGCUGAGCAUCUUUCAAGCACCUUCCAUGAAAAGGCAAAGGAGUUCUUAGUAGCAAAAAAUGACUACGUACAGAAACAAAGCCUCUGGAAUUUGCUUUCCAUUUACAUUGAUGGCGUCCAAGAAGUAUUUGAGACCAGCCACCUGUUGUACCUUUCAGAGGAAAAGUUGCUGAACGAUGGCUUCAGUAUGUUGCUGCCGGGUUGUCGAGGAGCUGAAUUAACAGCAGUCUUAAAUUUUUUGCAGGCUAUUCUGUCUCGGUUGAGAAAUGUGCACAAACAGCUAGAACAGGGUAUGCCGUUAGGGAAUAUGGACCCAACUGUGCAGCUGUCUUCAGUGGCGAAAGAGCACCACCUUGCUGUUGCUAGAGCUCUUUGGAGAAAUUUCUUUCCUUACUUGAAGAGCCAAAGAAUGUUACAGAUCCCUCCUUCUCAACUUGCAGAUGCCGCAGCAGGUUUUACUUUGCUGGCUUUAGAUUUGCCCAGCUCAUGUACAACAGAUCUUCAGCCCCAACCAGUUUUAGCAAUGAUGCAGUUGUUUGGAUGGGAUGAUAUGGUUUGCCCUGAGCUUGUAUCAAGAUUCCUAAGUCACCUUAUACAAAACAGUGCAUUAUAUGAAGCACUUACCAGUGUGGGUCAUACGUCCUACCAAGCAUGGAUGGUACGGUCAUGGUUUCGAUGUACUUUGCAAAUGUUUAUCAGUCAGCCUGCUGAUUCUUUGGCCAGGGCAAACACUGACCAAACAGCUUAUAAAAUAUAUAUGGAGCAGCUGACUGAACUCACAAGAUUGAUACUUAAACUCCCAGAAGUUGGAGCUAUCUUCUCAAAGGCUCAUGUUGAUGAGACAGUCUACAAACAAGAUCCAAAGAAUGCUGUUUUUCAGUUUAUUAAGGCUGUUGGUAAAUAUUAUGGUGGGCUUCAAAUGCUAGAUGAAAAAUCUUCUAUGGUAACAAAGGCACUAGAAUAUCUGGGUGAUGUAUUAAAAUAUAUAAAACCCUAUUUGAUGAAGAAGGGCCCUGCUGAAGGACUUCAUCUCACCUACAGGAUCAUGGGAUGUCUUGUGAAGUCUUGGGCACCCAUACUGGCUACUUCCAAAGCACAACCGCUCUUGUUCCGCAUAAUAGAUUGCUUGCUUUUGCCACAUGCUGUGUUACAGCAAGACAAAGAGCUGCCUGCAGCGAUGUCGUCUGCCAUUGGAGAGAAUCUUCCUCAUUUUCUUCAGGGAUUGUCCUUCAUAUGUUGCCAGUCCCAGGCCCAAGGGGCCUACUUGAACCAGUUGCUAGGGAACAUUAUACAGCAAUAUUUUGGGCGAUUUCUUCCUUCUUCGCCUUCUGCUUCUCAAGCUUGGCAACACCCUAUUUUGCUAGCAGUAUCCAGUUCUGUCACCAUUCCAGGAGUCUCGCAUCUGUACAGAACCACUCUGCAGGUCAUCAGUGAAAAUUACCUCCAGUUCAAAGGUCAUGCUCCUCCUCCUCGCCUGGCAUCAGUUCUUGCUUUUAUUAUUGAAAUACUUCGGAGGACCAAGAGCACUGAAAUGUGCAACAUUGAGCUACUGUUUCCUGUGAUGUUGAAAUGCCGAGUGUUGGUUAAUGAACCACAAGUUAAAAAACUGUCUACUGAGAUUCUACAGUGUGUCAUAGAAAGCUGCCAAAAGAGGUCAGGAGGAGAGCUUGCCACCCAGCUGACUUCCAUGUUUAGGCAGUUUAUCCAAGAUUACACUACCAUAUAUGAUAAUCAAGUUUACAGCAUCUUGGAAGCAGUGGCAGUCUUGGACCAGCCUCUCGUUAUCAACCUGAUUCCUGCUAUGACAGAAGCCCUGAGGAAUUCUGAGUACAAACAAGGCCUUGGCAGAAACAUUGUGCAAAGAGAAGCCUAUAAAAGACUCUUAUCUCAACUCGCAGAGGCUGGACAAGCUGAGAUAUUGAAACUGGAAAAUGAGAGCCAUUAGCCAUAUGUUGACUGGUGACUUGUACAGGAUCACUGCUUGGGAUGCCAAUCCUUUAUGCAAAAUUCAGCUUCCCUGCCUCCCAACAGACUCUUUGUUUCUGUCUCAGAAGCUGCUUCUCUCAGGAGUAGCCCUUUGCUACAUUGUAAUACUGCAAGCAAGCUUGGAAAAGUUACGUAGACUCCUGAUUUUAAAUGACAACUGAGAGUCAUUGAAUACUGUUAGGGACUGUUGAAAAAAAAUGCCAGCAGGUGUGGGAGCUUGGUGACUUUCAGUAUUGUUUGAAGAAUGGUGUGUGUGUGUUUGUUUUUCUUAGAAAGACAGGUAAAGGGCAGCAGUAAAGGCAAUCUCCAACAGUAAAGUUUUUCUGCUCUAAUGAAUCAAUACACUUUGACUGUCAGGCCUUUCAUUCUGACAUCCUGAGUGAUGUUUUGCACACAAACACUUCAUGUGAGCUUGGCAACAGCAAGGAGUUCACUCUAAGCAAGGCCAGGGUUAGGUCAGGAUGCUUGAGCCACCUUAUGUUAACAGAAGAGUUUGUGCACGCAUUGCGUGGAAUGGUGACAGCUGUCCUACCAUUGUUCCUGUAUUAAAAAUGUGUCGAUGUGUACUGCAGAAUUCAACCUCUAACCUCCUCUCUGUUGUCCUUGUACAGUUUUGCCGAUGGAGCUGGCAGUGCUCUGGUUCUUGAAUAACAAGGAGGAAUUCAGUUAUAAGAGCUGCUGCUAUGGUCACUAUGCUACCAUCAUCUGUUCCUUUCUAAGCCAUACACACACACACACACACACACAGAUACCUCAACUUCUAUUACCUUGGUAAGGAUCUCUGACAAUAUGAAUGCCUAACCAAAUUCUAAAACGGGGAGGAAGGAAUGCAGGUGCAAACAUUUUUAUUCAAGUUUCUGCUUAAUUUUUCCCAAGAUCAGAUAUGAUUAAAUGCUAUAUGUAGUAAAUUAGAUUUGGCAGAUAUUUCAGGGUGUUCAUGAUGUUUUAUUCCUCAAGUUCUGAUCCCCUUCAUAAUUCCCCCUGUAAUUUCCAAAUUUAUUUGAUGUAUGGAAUUCAAACUUCUCCUGAAUUACCUUAGCAAUUCACAGGUAAUUUGAAUUGCAAUAGUGAGUUACAUGAGCUUGGUGGCAAAGCAGUGAAACAAUCUGUAACUUUGCCAAGUUAAUAAUAAGAGACUGUGUGUGUGUGUGUGUGUCUAUCAAUUACUGCCAUGGAAACUUCCCUAUAAUCUUGUUCAGAGCCUUUCUGUAUUGUUACAGUAUUCUUAUGUAAAGGUAGCAGAUUAUCUCUUCCCUAAAUCAACUAUCAUUACUUCAGAUAAUACAGUAACUAAAAGCCUCUUUAGGCUACUUAAUAGUGUAGAGCAUGGAGGUUCUUUUCAUUAUGAAAGUGACUUAUUGAACCCACAUUGUAGCUUCUCGUAAGCUCCUACACCUGGGAGGAGUUUUAUUCAUCUCAAAGAGGCCUGUGUUUCUGAAAGGUUUUCUUUAAAAGCCUCUUCAAGUAAGAUGCCUUCAAAAUCUGAGUCUUUAAGGUUCACUAGAUAGCAGAACAGAUGUCUGUCUUUAGCAUUAGUUCUUGAAAGUGAAGCCUUUGACUUUUAAGAGAAUAGAGAACAGAUAUUGUACCAUAUUGUUUAACUCAACUACAUUUUUUCUUAUUUCAAGCAUAAUUAAUACUCAGCUGGUAUUGUUUAGCAAAAGACAAAGUUUUCUCCCAAUGCAGUGUAGUAUUCUGCUCAUAGAAGAACUGAUUUGUAAUGUUUGCAGUUAUUCUGCUCAAAGGUUUAACACAGAAGUCUUUUAGCAUUAUGUCAAAUGACCAUUGACAAAUGGCUUACUUGUGACUAAGAACUGACCAUUUUUUAGAGGAGGGUUACAAAUGGUAAUCUGGAUCAUUACCUAGAGAUCUUUCAGAACAAAUGUAUAAAACUAAUAAAUGAAUGUAUAGCCAACACAAAAUUGUGUAAAAUUCACAAAAAGUCUCUUUUCCAGAUGCUGCAUUCUAUGCAUGCAUAUACAAAAAUGCUAAUUUUAGAUGGAUUCAUAGGAACCCCAAGUACUGAAUUAUUUGUCAGUUCAAACUUGGCUUUAGUUUUAGAGAGUUUUCAAAAUGCUAAAUACUUUAUUAAGUUUAGGGCUACAAUCUUAAUUAUAAUAAUUAUUCCCACUGGAUUAACAGUUGGUUGUUAGUGUAUAUUUCAAAUUGAUAGAGCAUAAGUCAGCCUAUACAGGAAGUCAAACCAGAAUCUUUGGAAAUUCACUUUAGUGUAACUAUUUCAAAUAAACUAGUUGGGCUGCAAACUAAA